AUGUAUUGUUGUGUUGAAUGCAAAGAUGAACACGACAAGCUUUUGCAUCUAUUCGAGUGUGGUCAAGAGCCUCUGCAUGAGAGUGUUGCUUUAACUGUGAAAAUGAUUCUCACCGCAUUGACGUUAACUGGAAGUAUUCAAAAUUUACAACGAAUAUUAAACGACUCAAAAUGUCAAACAGUUUUUGAUUUAGAUUUAAGUAAACCACAAGAUGAGUCGCACAAAUUGAAUAUUCUAUUGGCAAUCAACGCACUGACGACAGUGAGAGAAACUGAGCACACUAAAUCAGUUUCAUUGGAAGAAAUGUUUGAGAAACAUCCAUUCGAUUUAUUUUUAAAAACAGAUGUCGAACGUGAAUUUAUGAGAAGCUUCACAAACAAGCAAUUGAAGAUUUUAGACACAAACCUCUACGACAUGAAAGAACAUUCAUAUUUAAAAUCAUCGAAUCGCACACACGGUCAUUCUAUUGGAAGUGGCUUAUGUGUGUUUGCAUCUUUAUUUAGUCACAGUUGUGAUCCAUCAGUAAAACGAAUAACGGUUGACAAUAAAAUUGCAUUUGUUGUUGUUCAGCCAAUCCAGGCGAAUGAACAGAUUUUUGUUAGUUAUGGUUACAGCUCAUAUGAAAUGCCACGAGAAAUACGACAACUGCACCUGGAAUCUUAUGGAUUCCUUUGUGACUGUGUUGCAUGCCAAAAACAUUAUCCAUUGUUAUCGAAACAACCCAGAAGAAUCAGUUAUUAUAAUGAACCCAACCAUAAUGCGAUGACAGCACUUGCCGCAAUAUGUGAGCUGAAGAAAGCAUGCAAAUUUAUUGAAAACAUUUACGAUCGUCAUCCAUGUUAUGAAACCACCGAUAUGAUGAUUUACUGUGAUCAUUUACUUCAUCAGAUAUCGAAAUUACCAUUAGAAGAGUAUGCGCUAUCUAAGGCAAAAAAACAUUAA